UCCUGUCAAACGCCUCCCGUCCCCGUCUCCCUCUCUGGAAAGCGUGGGGCUGGUAAGCUGCCUCCGUUUUCCCCGGAGUUCUACGAGAUUCGGCUCCAGGACUAACUGCCCGCUCUGCCCGCUACUACCCGCAAAUCCCCAGGGGGUGGGCGGAGCAGGAGCCCCUCCCCCGACCCAUGCACUCCAACUAGCCAAGGCUGCGGAGGCCCUGCCGGUGCAGCUUCACUCUUCCCGGCGAGCCCAGGAGGAGACUCCGGCUCAGAAAGAUACGGGAACCGACCCAGGGUCCCACACUGAGUCGGCGAGCUGGCUGACCCAAGCCCACCGGGACAGCCAACUACGCAGCAGUAAAAAUGUCAGAGCCCCGGAGGCGCCCGUGGCUCAAGAAGUAGGGCGCCAGCCCCAUAUACCGGGGGUGGCAGGUUCAGGCCCGGCCCCCGCGAAAACUGCAAAAAAAAAAAAAUGUCAGAGCCCUUCCAAGCUCAGAACUAGCCCGCCCACAAGAUACAGCCAAGAGGGAACUCUGCAGGGGCAGGCCAGAGAGCUAUAGCGCACGCGCACGUCGGGCGAGGGCGAGUAGACCAGGAGCCAGAGUGGGCCGGAGCGUAGGGCGCAGGCGCGCGUCAGGCGAGGGCGCCUAGACAAGGAGCCAGAGCGGGCCGGAGCGUAGAGCGCAGGCGCGCGUCAGGGAAGCGGGAGAGGCCUUAAGUGCGCGGGAGGCGGGGCCGGAGCGUCCGGCGCGAGCGCAAGCCCAGGCGGCUACGGAGUUGGUGGCGAAGGAGUUUGCGAUGGCGUCUCAGCGGGCUCGGGUCUUGCGGUGCUGUAGCUGCCGCCUCUUCCAGACGCACCAGGUGAAAAAGAGUAUCAAGUGGACAUGCAAAGCUUGUGGUGAGAAGCAGUCCUUUGUGCGGGCUUACGGUGAGGGCUCCGGUGCUGACUGUAGACGUCAUGUUCAAAAGUUAAAUCUACUUCAGGGACAGAUUUCAGAACUGUCACUCAGGUCUCUGGAAGGACAUGGAGGUGCCAGUGAGGAAGAAUCAGCGGGUCACCGGCAAGCUGAGAACGAAAAAGCACAGCCCUCAGGGAGCCGCUGGGUGAAGUAUCUGGAAAAGGACUCCCAAGAACCAGAGCUGGAAGGAGUGUACUUUGACAAGCAGCUCUCGUCCAGAAUAGGGGGGGCAGCUCGGCCCUCCAGUCAAGACCUGCCUAGAAAAAGGAAAUGGAGCCAGAGCACAGUUCAACUUCCAUGCAGCUUUGAUGCCCAGGACUCAGGAGACGCUGAGGUCACCUUGGAACCCCAGGGAUCCAGAAGCCUGAUCCGGGAUGUGAGACAAGACAGCCACUGCCUCCAAAACUCUGCGGACUUCAGCUCCAGGGAACUUGGUGCUCCCCUGCAGGAACUACAGAGUCCUGCUCAGCAGCUCAAAUCCACAACUUCUAAAUGGGCACAAUUUCUCCUGUCAACUGGAGACAGCUCCCAUGUGGACAUAGAGCAACAGAGGCCACUGCAGAGGGGCACCAGGUCAGCUCGUUCAGCACAGGCUGACCAAGGGACCCGCAGGGCCCAGACCCCAAGGGAAGGCCACCUCAGCAGGCCUACCACCACGGUCCAGCUUCCUGAGUCCACACUCACUACAUCUGGAUCUAAGAGACCCUGCUGGAAGGCUUCUGGGCAAUUGUGGGACAUGGGGACUCCUUGGGCAGAGAGCAGGUCCUUGGCCAAAGGGGCACCAAAGCCCCCACCCAUGCGACUGUGUGAACUUUUUACAACGGGGGAGGACUUUGAUCUUUGAACCAAGACUAGCAUGUUACUAAUUUAGGUACACUCUGUACACCAGCCCCUUUCCACUGGACUCUAGGUGCUUUAUAAGGAGUGUAAUGUAUGAGAAGGACCAACAAUAAACAUUACUGUGAAACAAAUCAUUUCUCUGGUGGCAAUUUGACAGUAAGGACAAUAUUGUUGAUUAAAGUGCUGAUACAUUUAAUUAUAGAUUGUUUACAAAUAUAACAGGAUGGCUACAAAGGCAUCUUCUUACUUUAAAAGCUGCUGACUUGUUUAGAAAUGAGAAAAUUGAACUAUGGUGAUUAGGAGAGAAGGGACAGCCCUGGGUAAAUGUCACACUGCCACCCUUCCUUCGUGAGCCCUUCCUGGUUCCCCAGUGAGGAGCCCAUAGCGCUGGCUGCCCCAUUGUCCCAGUUCUCCAGGCUCCCUGACAGCUCCUUAGCUGUACCUUAUCUAAAAUCAGAAUAUUUCAGGUUUCUAGCAGAAAAUCAACUGUCAGUGUACUAUUAGU